GGAGCCGAGGCCCAGGCGGGGGUUUAGAGCCGCGCUGCUUCCUCCGGGCGUGGUUUUCAACCUGGGGGAAGGGUCUGUGGAACGUGAGGGGAGGUGGAGGCGAUGGCGGCGGCGACGCGGGAAGAUGGCGUCGGCAGCCAGGAGCGCGGGCCUCGGGGCUGCGAGCACUAUGACAGAGGAUGUCUCCUGAAGGCUCCUUGUUGUGACAAGCUUUAUACUUGCCGGUUGUGUCAUGAUAACAAUGAAGAUCACCAGCUAGAUCGUUUUAAAGUAAAGGAAGUGCAGUGUAUCAACUGUGAAAAAAUUCAACAUGCCCAACAGACUUGUGAAGAAUGUAGCACAUUAUUUGGAGAAUAUUAUUGCAGUAUAUGCCAUCUGUUUGACAAAGAUAAGAAGCAGUAUCAUUGUGAAAACUGUGGAAUUUGUAGGAUUGGUCCGAAAGAAGAUUUUUUCCACUGUUUGAAAUGUAACUUAUGCUUAGCUAUGAAUCUUCAAGGAAAACAUAAGUGUAUUGAAAAUGUUUCCCGGCAGAAUUGUCCAAUAUGUUUGGAGGACAUUCACACAUCCCGUGUUGUUGCUCAUGUCUUACCAUGUGGACAUCUUUUACAUAGAACAUGUUAUGAAGAAAUGUUGAAAGAAGGCUACAGAUGUCCAUUGUGUAUGCACUCUGCUUUAGAUAUGACAAGAUACUGGAGACAGCUGGAUGAUGAGGUAGCACAGACUCCCAUGCCUUCAGAGUAUCAGAAUAUGACUGUGGAUAUUCUCUGCAAUGACUGUAAUGGACGAUCGACAGUCCAGUUCCAUAUUUUAGGCAUGAAGUGUAAAAUCUGUGAAUCCUACAAUACUGCUCAAGCUGGAGGACGUAGAAUUUCACGAGAUCAGCAAUGAGCAGCAUAUACUAACUGGAAAUGUCAGCGUUUUGUGAUAUAGAAAAAGCUCUGUGGAAAAGUAUUCUGUUGUCAUAAUGUGUCAUAAUCUAUGCAUUAGAGUUGAUGUAUUUUAAACUAGUGUUAAGGCAUAAAAUCAUACUACAAGUCCUUAAGGAUUCAGGGUCUCCUUAUAAACUUACCAUAACUCUGUAUUGAAUGAAAGCCCCUGAUUGUGUCUUGGUUCAAAAUUCCUUUAAUUUGGAAGCCAGUGGUAUUUGCCACUGAUACAUUCAUUGAUAUAUGUUAUAUUUUCAUGGAACCUUAACUGAUGCUAUUCACACAGAGUUCAUUUCUAGUUCUUGAUAGAACUACACUUAAUUUGAAGUAGUAUUCUUGACUUUGAGGGCUGAGAAUUAGUUCUACCAUAUUGUUAAAAGCUAAUUACAUAUGCUUUUGAAUUUUCUAAAUUCAUUUGGAUCAGUAUAACCGAGUUUUGAUGUAAUAAGUGCUAAUAAAAUUAUAUUGAAACAUUG